GUUAGAAUAGAGUAGAAUCGCUCAUUUGCAUGUAAACAUGCACGUUCACGCCAGAGCGGCUUUACAUUAACGCGGUCGAGAUAUGUGAAAAUGUUGUCGUAUUAUUUGCAUGUUCGGCCCAUAGUGUUGAUUAGGAUGUGUACAGAGCGCGCGGUCGGUUCGUUUAGGUUUUGUCAACGUAACAUUUGUUAUUUUUAAAACGACAUUAUUUUACAGCUGACGAAGUGAUAUAGACGGUGGGCAUUUGGGUAUAUCAUUGUUACAAAACUAUGCAUACGCGGCGGUUGGUAAAGCGCUCGGUCAUUGGAAGCCGCGUGUACGCGCCGGGUUCAACGGGAGACGCAGCAGCGCUGACUGGAGUCAUCCAGGCUGUCAAACAGGACAACAGAGAUGCUGCAACCGGUCAUCGGCGCAACGUGUACUCGGUGCUCUUGCUAGACGGGAGCUUGAAAGAAUACUCAGAGGAAGAGAUUGCACAGAUGACUGCGAAAGGACCGCUGAAGUCGAGCUUGAAGAGCACCUGCAAUGGUGGCCACCGGGAUGGGCCCACACUAGGCCAGAAUGGAGGUGUGCAGAGAGGGGAUGCCCCCUUCCUGAGCCCGGAGAGCAUGGAUGAGCCACGGGUGCUGGAGCACAAGCGAAAUGGCCGGGCACUGGAGCCGGAGAAAGACCACACCCGCUCCAUUUUGCUGCUGGAACAGAAACGCAAAGUAGUCUCAUCCAGCAUCGAUGUACCACAAGCAAGGAAAUCAGAGGAAGAAUUGGACAUGGACAAAGUGACAGCCGCCAUGGUGCUGACCAGCCUGUCCACUAGUCCAUUGGUGCGCAGUCCUCCUGUAAAGGUUAGCGAAAGUCUAAAUGGGUCUUGGAAGGAUGGAGGCUUCACCCCGUCAAGCUACAGCAGCAGUGGGUACUGGAGUUGGAGCGCGCCCAGUGACCAGUCCAACUCCUCGACGCCGUCACCACCCCUGUCCGCUGACAGCUUCAAACCCUUCCGCAUGCCCAGCCUCAACGGCCCGCUGGACGACAACAUUGAUGAGCAUGACGGGAACAGCUUGCUAUUCGAUGAGCCCAUCCCCCGCAAACGCAAGAACUCCAUGAAAGUGAUGUUCAAGUGCUUGUGGAAGAACUGUGGGAAGGUCUUGAGCACAGCUGCUGGGAUCCAGAGGCACAUUCGAACUGUCCAUCUCGGGAGAAAUUGUGACUCAGAGUGCAGUGAUGGUGAGGAGGAUUUCUACUACACUGAGAUUAAACUGAACACUGACUCUGUGGCGGAUGGUCUGAGCAGCCUGUCUCCUGUGUCCCCAUCUGUGCUGUCUCCCCCACCGGUUCUGGACCAGAGACAGCCGGACGGCACUAACGGGACGAAGAGUGAGAGCAGCACCACUCCUCUCAGUCGCUCUGCUCCAAGUGCACUCUACCUAGUGCAUACAGACCAUGCCUACCAGGCCACUGCCCCAGUUACCAUCCCCUCCACCAGCUCCACCGGCUUCACCCCCUCCGGCAGCAGUUUCAGUAUCUCCUGGCAGUCCCCGCCCGUCACAUUCACUGGCACUUCUGCCUCUCCCACUCACACUCGGACUCAGGGCUUUGGGGAACAGCGCUCUCAGACUAUUGCUGUGCUCUCAUCUCCCCCCAGAGCUGCAGGUUCACUCAGUAAGAAGUCCCGCGGCGAGGGGAAGAAGUGUCGUAAGGUGUAUGGCAUGGAGAACAGAGACAUGUGGUGCACUGCCUGCCGUUGGAAGAAGGCCUGCCAGAGAUUUGUGGACUGAAACAGCUGUGAUGGCUGGAACAUGAAAAACAGGGUGGGCUUCCCUUGCAUGCGUAGCAUAAUUCAAAACUUCCCUUCUCUUUGUUACUGACCACAGCCCCACCCUGCUUCACCUUAAACCCACGUGGACCUGGGGUCAAACCCCAAUGCAUUCACUCCAACCCCAACGAACACACUUCUGUCUCUUUUUGCAGAUUUCAGCUCUCACUUUGGGACGAGUUGCUUUACACUGCAAAAAAGACAAAACUUUUAUGUGAUCCAUCUCCGUUUGUGUUUGAUAUACUGCUUAUAAAUGUUCUUGUCAGUUCUUGAAGGACCAGCUAUGGCAAGAUCAGCCCCUAUCCAAGCUCUCUUUGAGACUUUGAGUGCUAUAAAACUGAACAGGGGAGUGUUUCUUUUUCCAUGGGCACUAUUCCACGUUUUUUCCUGCCCAUUUUAUGUGGACAGUCAGAAAACCCCGCUUUACCCCGGUCUCUUUCAAAGAAUGUACCACCACAGGGGUUUGUUUUGGGAAAUCAAGGGUGACUGGACAGCUCCCUCGAGUGGGAAUUAAUUAAUGCAAAAAAUAAAAGUUUUGGGAGGCAUAAUGGAUGAAAAAGACUUUCAACCACCCUUUUCAGCUGUGCUAUCACAAGCAAUUUCACCUGCAGUUGAGAGAUUUUAUAUCUCUGGUUUUAUAUCUGUGUUUACCAAUAGGACAUUUAGUUCAGGGAUGUGUCAGUAUAAGCAAAACCAGCAGUUAAGAUUUAAGCUGAGAACUCCGUAGUUUUUGUCACAGGAAUUGCUACCAAAAAGGUUUUUUUACUUGCCAUUUUUGCUUUUGUGUAUAUCCGACUAUAAGACCACGCUCAUUAAAAAAUACAACGGCAUGGACUUGCAUCAAAGCUGAUGGCAGAACUGGCUGUAUAAAACAGGCAACCUCUCAUUCCCAGCAGACUCCAUUUGCAGAGGACUUAACUGCAUUCAUACGAGAGCCAUACAUUAAUCGACAUUUUCUCAAUGUAGUUACGUUUCCUAAAGAG